UCCUCUCCGCCCUUCAGUUCCGCCCAGAAGGGAAAUGACGCCGGUGCAGAAGAUGGCGGCCGCAGAGCCUGUGGAUCUCUGAGGCUCGGUACCGUCACCUCGGAGCCGUGCGGGGGGUCUCUUCGUCUUGGCGGAUGGACGGUACCGACACCAUGGCAGUGCACCGCUGCCCGCCGCUCUCCUGAUCCCGGAAUCGAACCUGCAACUUCAUGUCCGACGGAGCCAGAGCUGCCUGGUCCAAGAGGGGUUGUGGGGAUUCGCACCGCCGAGAACCAGGGAAACAUAAACACAGGAAAUGCGAGCGGCCCAUUAGCGCUCAGCCGUCAAAGCCUGUGAUUGUUCGCCCGGGCUCCAAAAGGUGUGUUAUGUCGGGGGCGGAUGUGGAGGUGUACCUGUCCCAGGUGCACGAUGGGAGCGUGUCAUCUGGCUUCCGGGCGCUGUAUGAGGAGCGUCUGCUGCUGGAUGUCACACUGUUGAUAGAGGAACACCACUUCCAGGCCCACAAGGCGCUCCUGGCCACCCAGAGCGACUACUUCCGGGUCAUGUUCACGGCAGACAUGAGGGAGCGGGAUCAGGACAAGAUCCACAUGAAGGGGCUGACGGCCGCCGGCUUCGGCCACAUCCUGCGCUUCAUGUACUACGGCUCCCUGGAGCUCAGCAUGCCCACCGUCCAGGAGAUCCUGCAGGCGGCCAUGUACGUCCAGCUGACAGAGGCGGUGGAGUUCUGCUGCUCCUUCCUGCUCGCCAAGAUCUGCCUGGAGAACUGCGCCGAGGUCAUGCGCCUCCUGGAGGACUUCAGCGUGGGCGUGGAGGGCGUCCAGGAGCAGCUCGACAACUUCCUGCUCGACAACUUCGUCCCCCUCAUGAGCCGAGCAGACUUUCUGUCCUACCUCAGCCUGGAAAGACUGCAGGCGUACCUGAACAGCGACGCUCUGAGCCGCUUCCCAGAAAUCGAGCUGUACGAAGCCGUGCAGGCGUGGCUGCGACACGACCGACGACGCUGGAGGCACACGGACACCAUCGUACAGUCCAUCCGCUUCUGCCUCAUGACGCCCGCCAACAUCUUCGAGAAGGUGAAGACAUCAGAGUUCUACCGCUACUCCAGACAGCUGAGGCAGGAGGUGGACCAGGCACUCAGCUACUUCCACGAUGUCAACCAGCAGCCUCUGGUGGAAACCCGCUCCAACCGUAUCCGCUCGGUCCGACCGCAGACCGCCGUCUUCAGGGGGAUGAUCGGCCACAGCAUGGUCAACAGCAAGAUCCUGCUGCUGCAGCGACCCAAGGUGUGGUGGGAGCUGGAGGGCCCUCAGGUGCCUCUGCGACCCGACUGCCUCGCCAUCGUCAACAACUUUGCCUUCCUGCUGGGCGGAGAGGAGCUCGGACCCGACGGGGAGUUUCACGCCUCCUCCAAAGUCUACCGCUACGACCCCCGGCAGAACUCGUGGCUACGCAUGGCGGACAUGUCUGUUCCCAGGUCAGAGUUUGCUGUCGGUGUCAUCGGUAAGUUUAUUUAUGCGGUGGCGGGCCGCACGCGAGACGAGACCUUCUACUCCACGGAGCGCUACGACAUCACGGAGGACCGCUGGGAGUUCGUGGACCCAUACCCCGUCAACAAGUACGGCCAUGAGGGGACGGUUCUGAACGGUAAACUGUACAUCACAGGCGGCAUCACGUCCUCCUCCACCUCCAAACAGGUGUGUGUGUUCGACCCGGGGCGGGAGGCCGGAGGCGGUGGCAGUGGGAGCUCGGGCGGAUCGGACUCUCACAGAACACGUGCCGGCCGAAACCCGCUGCUUCCCGGAACCCACGCCAGCUGCUGGGAGAACAAAUCCAAAAUGAACUACGCACGCUGCUUCCACAAGAUGAUCUCCCACAACGGGAAGCUGUACGUGUUCGGAGGCGUGUGCGUGAUCCUGCGGGCAUCCUUCGAGUCGCAGGGCUGCCCGUCCACAGAGGUGUACGACCCGGAGACCGACGAGUGGACCAUCCUGGCCUCCAUGCCCAUCGGCCGCAGCGGCCACGGGGUGGCGGUGUUGGACAGGCAGAUCAUGGUGCUGGGCGGCCUGUGUUACAACGGCCACUACAGUGACUCCAUCCUCACCUUCGACCCCGACGAGAACAAGUGGAAGGAGGACGAGUAUCCCAGGAUGCCUUGCAAACUGGACGGUCUGCAAGUGUGCAGUCUGCACUUCCCAGAGUAUGUGCUAGAGCACGUGAGACGCUGCAGCUGAGGUCUGCUGCAACACGCCUCCUUUUCUACAGCUGGGAAUGCACUGUUCAGAGACCGAGGUCUCCGCUGGGGGUUCAGGUGUUCACAGGUGGGAGACUCUGAGGCUUUUAACCUAGAGACCAGCACUUCCCUUCAGGUGAGGGAGAUGUGGCCGUAGAGUUGCUCUUCCUAAUGAAGGCAAUGGCGGCACUUUAACGGUCAGCUUGAACAUUUUCAGAAUUAGCUUUCUCAGAAAAUCAAGGAAAAAUAAUAAUGGAGAGGAGAAAAAAAGGUUUCAUUCUGCCGGUUUCUGUUCGGACUGUGGUCGGUUUCCUGUUCUACUACUCACCUACUGUAUCUAGGCUGUUCAGUCAGGCCGAAUGCAGAAACGCACUGGAAGCGUCACAUUCAUCCGAUAAUUGAGACUCACCUGCAUCACACAUCUUACUCCAGUGAGGUUCCUUCUUAAGGCUUCACCUUUACAGAUCCUGUGUAUCUCUACCCAAGUUGCUCUUGUUGAGGAAUAGAUUAGUAAAAGUCAAAAUGCCCUCUAAGAUAUAUAACAGCAAGCUUACAAUCAGGUAUAUAAACAGAAUAUAACACUAUAUACGGUAGUGUAGUUCACUUUAUAGCCUCUCUGAGUGUACGAAGCCAACUGUAGAGACCAAUAAACAGAUAUUAUGGCGAAGUUCCAGAUGCUGCUGAUGCUUCCAUCUGCUUCCAGCUGUCAACUGUCACAUUAUAAAUUCAUGAAUUCAGUUCCCGCUUCCAGUGCGUUCCAGCUUUUAGUCUGAUAAUUCUGCUCUUUCCUUCCAGAUAUGCACCAAACUGUGCUCAUGUUGGUACAACAAAGCAUCAGCGAGUCUUUCUGUGCCCCGCCAUCCCUCCUCAUACUCACACUUUCAGAGGAAAUGUUUGUGUGUUUGGGUUCAUUCUUCGUUUACUAAACCGGCGACGACGUUCGACUUCACAGUUUAGGAAACAAGGGUCUUCAUUUCAGAGCAGCAGUGCUUCACUCGGCCUCGUCUACAUUCCCUGCACUUUAUUGGUUGUGAUUGUGUCUAGAUGCACAGUUUAACAGCUUCCACCCUCCCAGCAGCCCCAGUAUUACAACACGCUGUACCACUGGAGACUUUCCACAGUGUCUGAAAUCAACUUUCUGGUGGAUAAACUAUUAAAUAACCAACGAGUUUAAACAUUAGGAAACACUGGACCUCAUGCAAGAACUUUUUUACACUCCAAUGAUAAUAGAGCACCUGAAAGGUUUAGAACAUAUUAAUAUUACAGCUGUACUCUGACAGAAAUAAAUAUGUAAAGGUUUGAUGUAAACCUAAGAGCUGUUACCACACAAGCACUGAGGAAAAAAAAGAUGAUUUUCAUGCUGGACAACAGUCUUAAACUGAUCUUAUCCAAAAAACCAUUGCCAUAAAACCCACACAUGAUCUAAAAAUGCAGAUACCACACUGCUUUUGGAUAAUCGUGUACCAGCAAACUGUUUCCUCCUCAGCUUUCUGAUCCAUUUCAACCAGCUCGUUGAAGAAAAUUUACUUUACAGUCCACAGCUUGAAGGAAUAACGUGGUUGUAGAACUUUAUGUCUCAGAACUAGUUAGCAGACUUUUAGCUACUUUUAUUUCUUCUCCAUUAUGAACAGACUGAGCUGAUGCCUUAUUUAUGAAUAAUAAAAAUUAAAUUAAUAGUCAAAAUGUUUAUCAGUUUAUUAAAAUUGACUUUUUUUCAUUUGCCAAUAACAAGUGAGGAAGAACCAAAAACUAAAGUUGACUUUAGCUUUAGCUAAGGCUAGCUGCUGCUAUCUCAAUAGCUAGCUUUCACUUGAUGUAGCUUUCAUAGUUUAGCCUUUUUUCUGUGGCAGAGUACAGUAAAUGUGCAGAUGAGUUACAAAUUAAUAGAUCAAAAUACGUGAUUUAAAGAUAAUUUAACCACUAAAUCACAUAAGUCACAAGAGGCAAAAAAUGAGAUGGCAGCUGCUGAGAUCUGUUAAGCUAGCUAGCGUUAGCAGACAUUUAGCUACUUUUCUUUCUUCAGUUGUAUAAUAAAAUUCAGCUGCGGCCUUAUUUAUGUGAAAAACAGACUGAAUAACCAAAAUGUUUGUCAGUUAAGGGAAAAUCUAAACUUCACAUCAGCUUUAGCUAAGGCUAGCCACAGCAGCUAGCCUUCACUUUAUAUAGCUUUAAGAGUUGAGCUGUGUACUUAGCUUUCUUUUUAUUUCAGAGAUUGUGGCAAAAGUACAGAUUAGUUACAGUUUUAUGCAUUAAAAUUUGUGGUGUGAAGACAUUUCACAACAAGAAUAACAUAAAAGUCACAAAAAGUAAAUGGCAGCUAAUGGGGAAAUCUGAGCUUUAGGUUCAGCUAAGGCUAGCUAUGGCUAACUCAGAAGCUAGUUUUCCUUUGAAACAGGCUUCUGACUGGAGUUGUGUAGUAGAAGUACACAUACUGCUUUUUGUGUUUUGAGUGUAUGCAAAUUUAACAUGCCAUUUUUGUGAAAAUAAAUUAAACAUGAUUUAUUUUCUAUAGCACCAUAGAUGUCAGAAAUAGAGCUCAGAUUUGCUACAACAUAACAAUAAAACAUCAUAAAACCUUACAGUAAAUCAUUCAGCAAUGAUGAAGAACAUAGUAUGAAUGCUGCACUGCUUUUGUGAUGAUUCUAUAUUUGGUUUUAGCUCAUUUUUGUAUCACAUUUAAUCUGCAAAUUCAUUCAAAUUGUCGUUAUUUAAAACUAGACAAGUCUGAACCACUCGUCUUUAUAAAAAUAGUCACUUGUAUGCAUCUGUUCACAUUAUAGGUUCUUGCUUGAGGUCUGUUGUUUGUUUAUGUCUCAGCUUGUUUACAUAUUUCACAUGAUAAAUUUAAUCUACUAUCAGUGGAGCUCAAACCUCUCAGCUGUGAAUGACUCUAGAAAAACAACCGGCCAGUGUUGAAAGGAUUUCUGUCACUAAAGCUGAGCAGUUAUAGCAUCUCUGUGUUUAUUUCAGACACUGCAAAGUCCCUAAAAGUGCCGUUUUCCAACAGAUUCCAGCUCUCUGGGUGUCGUAAGUUGCACGUCUCAGCAGUCAGUGAUCCUGCAGCCCAGCAAGCCGAGCUCAAUGACCAACUCCGUGUUUCUGUCGUAUUUAUUUUUUCUCAUGAGCCAACUGUGAAAAGGGCUAGAGCACAUACUGAUGCAGUUCCAUCUGCCAGCUGCGUAUUUAAGUUAUUUAUUUUCCGAGGUGUUGCUUCUCACCGAGCUAUGCAGUAACAGUUAGUAGGAUUAUUUAUUAUGACCAGAUUUUCAUGGUGGUGUUUUCAGACUGUCCUGUUUCCUUGUUUCGUUCCUCUCCACCCCAGCAGCUCUGCAGCGUGGCUCGUGAAUGGAGGCUUUGUUCGAUUAAAAUCAGCAGGCAGAGAGUUGAAAGGCAUCGACUUUAGACAGGGCUUACAGCUCAGCAGGUACAUUUUCAUUUAAGAUUACUGUCCAUUUGCUCCAGUCUGCAGAAAUUCUUCAUCUUCCUGUAUGCAAAUUCUCAUUCAGCAGGGUUUAAAAUGCGACACGUGUUUGGUAGAUCAUCUGAGCUGCAGCUUUCAUGCGAUGCCACUUGGGUUUUGUGGAAAUCUUCUCCCGCUUCCUUGCCUCUACAUCCGUGUGUCAGAUUUCUAAAUCAUAUUCAGAAAGAGGACAAUACUUGAAAGAUGUUAUGGCAUUUAAGAAUUCCUUUCCAAAGUCUAGUGUGAUGAUUAUUUGCAAAGAAAAACGGCUAAUCCUCACAUCUGACAAGCUGAAACCAGCAAAUGUUUAGCAUUUUUGCUUGAAAAUGUAAUUUGUAUUAUUCCCAUCAUCUACUAGAUUAAUCAGCACAUUUUUGCAGCUAAAGUGUUGCUGCUACGUCACAUUUUACAAAAUUUUUCAGCUCUGAUUUAAUUAAACAAAGCAAAGUAAACUUUUUUCUUUAAAAGCUGAACUUUACCCAAAAUUUCAACACUUUUAGGGUUGAAAUAUGUCCAGUUUUUUGCUUGAAAAAUGCAUUAACUUAAUUUCUUCCCAUCAGUUAAUUAAUCAGCUAAUCCUUGCAGCUAAAGGGUUGCUGCUACAUCUCAUAUAUAUCUCACAAUAUUUUGCAGCUCAAAGCUAAUCCACCUGAAACUCAGCCUAAAGUAGAGGUUUUUCUGCUUUCAACCUCUACUUUCCCCCAAAUUUCAACACUUUUAUAGCUCAGAUAUGUGCAGUUUUUAGGUUAGAACGUCUUCUUUCACUUUCCUUCAUCCACGCUGUCAGAGGCAGGUCUGUUCAGGGGAAACGAGCAUCUUUACCUCCUCGUCUGCUGUGUGUCGCUGCAGCCGAUAUUAUGAACAUCACAUUUUCCGCUCGCUGCUCCUCCUCAUCCUCAUGUCGCCGUUUGAAGAAGAAACUUGUAACCGAUGAAGUCCUACUGUCCCGAUCUGAGGCCCGUCAGUCCAGUCAUAGCGCAGCGUCCUUUAGUCCACCAGUCUUCAGUCUGUCAGUAGGAAAACAGAAUAGAGGAUUUUAAAAAAAGAAGAAAACAUACCUUGCUACAACGACUGUAUCUGAAAAAGAAAGUAAAAUCAGAUUAACAUAUCUUAUAAUCUGAGUAGGAACUCUUUGGAAACGAUUUGUAACUUCUUUCCAGAAAUAAAUGUUCAUAUUGGUCGACUUUCA